AUGGCGAUACGGAACCAUCUGACGGCUCUGGUCAUCGCUGGCUCAUUGCUCUCUGCGGCCCUGACCAAGCCACUUGAUGUUCGAUUCAGUGACGACACCGAUGACACGCCACUACCUGUGGUAAUUUGGCACGGAUUGGGUGAUGCCUAUGACACUGACGGUAUGCGCCGUGUGGCCGAGCUGGUCGAAGAAGUCAACCCUGGUACUUUUGUUUAUGCGAUUCGCAUGGACGAGAGUGGCGCUCGCGACCGAUAUGCCUCCUUCAUUGGCAACCUUACCAAUCAUAUCGGGAAAGCAUGCGCCGACAUCGCUGCCCAUCCUAUUCUUUCGACAGCUCCAGCUAUCGAUGCCAUUGGUUUCUCCCAGGGCGGCCAGUUCCUUCGCGCCUAUGUCGAACGUUGCAAUAACCCGCCUGUUCGCAGCCUGGUGACCUUUGGCUCACAACACAAUGGCAUCUCUGCCUUCCGUGACUGCGCCCCGAAUGACUGGGUCUGCCGCUUCGCUAUGGCUAUACUGACUGGUGAUGCUUGGAGCCCCACCGUGCAGAGCCGCCUCGUUCCCGCUCAGUACUAUCGUAACCCGAAUGAGUUUAAUCAAUAUCUGGAGCAUUCGAACUUUCUUGCCGACAUCAACAAUGAAAGGGUUGUCAAAAACGAGCAGUACAAGAAGAACAUCGCGCAGCUGGAAAGCUUUGUUAUGUACAUGUUCGAAGACGACAAGACCGUUAUUCCCAAGGAGUCAUCUUGGUUCCAUGAUGUCAACGGGACCGAAGUUACCCCCUUGCGCCAGCGAAGGCUGUACACAGAAGAUUGGCUCGGACUGCGUGAGCUCGACAAGAAGGGCGGGCUUUAUUUCCGCACAGCACCUGGUGAACACAUGGAACUGUCGGAGGAGCUGUUGGUUGAAGCGUUUGGCGAUUUCUUUGGGCCACUGAAUCGACAUGCUGGACGGUCAGAUCCACGCCCACGCUUACAAGCUGGUGAUCUCUAA